AUGUUUACUAAAAAUUUUUCAACUUUCAAACCCUAUAAACAUCUUUCUUAUCUUAUCAAUUGUAUACAUUUAAUCAAUUUACUUACUAUUAACAACCACAAAAAGAUGACUAAACGGUACAUCAAUUCCUCAUGGUGUCUAAUAAUCUUAUCCCUGUUUUUAUUAUCAUUAGUCAGUGCUGAUGAAGAUGGCAUGUCAAUGGAUAUGGGUGAUCCUUCAUCAAGACCAGAAUUUCAUCCUAUAAAUCCUGGAUCAAAAACAUUCCAUUGGUUAUUAACAUUAUUUAUAUUAUUAAUAUUACCAUCAAUUAGUACUUCAUUAGCAAUAGCAAAUAAAUUACAUUGGUCAUUAUUUUUACAAUAUAUAUCUACUGGUUAUAGUAUAUUUGAAUCAAUGUUUUUAGAUUUCCCAGAUAAUAUUGAUAAUCAUGAAAAUAAAACAUCAAAAGGUACAAGUUGGUUUUUAUCUAUAUUAUUAGGAUUGACGAUUUUUUUGGGGACAUUUAUUAAUGGUAGUAAUUUAAUUAUUAAUAAAUUUUAUCCUCAUUUACAAACAAGACAAAAUUCUAAUUCUAAUUCUAAUUCUAAUUCUAAUUCUAAUUCUAAUUCUAAUUCUAAUUCUAAUUAUGAAUAUGGAAUAAGUUAUAAACUUUAUAAAGUUUUAUCAUUUUUAACGGUAUUAACAGGAUGGGUUAGAGUAUGUAUGGCACCAGUGGCAUUAUUUGGAUUUUGUUAUGGUAAACAUACUGGUCAAUGUAUUGCUCAUGGUAUAAUGGGAUCAGCAUUCAUAUUAUAUUCAUUUGUAUUAUCAUUAGUAUUGGUUAUACCUUGGAUUAGAAAACAUCAACUAUUGAACACUUCUGAUGGUGGUGGUGGUGGUGGUGGUGCCACUGGUACAUCGCAAGAAUUUUAUGAUUCUACAGUGAUGAUGGUUUGGGGUGUUGUCAAUACAUUUACUGAACAUCGUUGGGGUCGUGAAAGUUGGAGUAUGGGAGAUUAUCAACAUACUGCCAUGGGGAUAAUUUGGUGGGGUGGUGGAUUAUUAGGAAUGUAUUUAUCCCGGAAAAAUCAUCGAUCAUUUAUUCCAGCUUUAUUAUUAAUUUUCACGGGUUAUUCAAUGUCUCAACAUGCUCAACAUUUAAUUAUAUCUACUAAAGUUCAUUCAGUAUUUGGAAUUUCAUUAAUGGGGGCUGGUAUAACAAGAAUUAUUGAAAUCCUGUUUUUAUUAAAUGAUAAAUCUUGUCAUUCACUGGGUCAAAUUUUAUCAUUUCAAUAUUUACCACCAUUUUGUUUGACGUUAGCUGGAGUAUUAUUUAUGGGGGCUACUGAAGAACAAUUACAAUUGGUUCAUGAUUUAGGUUCAGAUCAUUCAGCGUAUAUUUUGGUGGUUUCUGCUGCUGCAUUCACGAUUUUCCUUUGGAUUCAACUUGUAAUAAUGUUUUAUUUACGAUUAGUUGGAUAUAAUGAAGAUGGAGAAUUGGGUCAACAACAACAACAUCAUCAUCAAUAUCAAAGUGUAGACGUUGAAGAAUUUGAAUUAGGUGAUCUUAGUGAAGAAGAAGAAGAAGAAGAAGAAGAAGACCAGAGUGGUAGUACUAAUAAUCAUCAUCGUGAAUUGGAUACUCCUCCACUGUCUGAUGAUAGAAAUAAAGAUUAA